CAUUUUGUGGUGUUCUCUUCCGUUUCCUGCGGCAGAGGAAACGCUGGCCAGACGAAUUAUGGCAUGGCCAAUUCCAUUAUGGAGAGAAUUUGCGAGAAGAGAGUGGAGGAAGGAUUACCAGGGUUAGCGAUUCAAUGGGGAGCUGUGGGUGACGUGGGUCUUGUCGCUGAUAUGCAGGAGGAGGAUAAGGAAUUAAUCAUUGGUGGUACUUUGCAGCAAAAGAUUUCCUGCUGUCUCGAUGAGCUCGAUAAGUUUUUACUUCAAAAUCGGCCGAUUGUGAGCAGCAUGGUCGUAGCUGAAAAA